GUGUUCCGGUGCGGCGGCCAUCUUGUUUCGUGUUUGCGCAUUGUGUGCGAGUUCAUACUGCGUUUUGUUUCUUGUGGGCAGGCGGAAGAUGUCGGCGGAGGGACGGAGGAUGGAACAGGACUCGGCUGCCUGUAGUCCGGCGCACUGCGAACCCGUGGAGCCGAACAUGUCUCCAAAAGACCAGCAGAUCAGUGAGAAAUCUCAGACAUCUGGGAAACACCUCCCAGGUCACGCAGUGAAAUCGCUCCCUCCGUCUUCACCCUCUUCCGUUUUUGGUCGUGCUAAAAUGAGUGUGUGUGGGCCAGGCAGUAAGACACCGGUCCCUCCGGCGUCCUCCGUAAUGUCCUCCACCCCAUCCACGGCCACUCCCCCACCCAAAAUCCACAGAGCUCGCAAGACCAUGAACAGACCCCCUCUCUCACAGGUGCGUACUGUCCAGACCGCUGUAACUCCAGAGAAACCAAAAACAUGUAUCACUUUGGACACGGAUACAGAGAGGAAGAAACUGAAGUUGGAGACUGACUCCACAGCGCCCCCUGCAGAAAAGUUAGAACAAUCCUCAGAAAAAACAACACAGGCGACCGUAUCGCCUCCACUUGUGGUGGAGAAGGUGGAGCAUGUUGCUACGGAGACCAAAGAGCUGAGCUGUGGUUGGCUGGGGGACCUGGAUGAUGAUGCAGACGAGGAAGACUUUCACCUUCUGUAUAACAGUUACGCAGGAGACGACGUCAUCUACUCUGACAGCAAGUCUGAAGAUGGGAUGAUGGAGGGAGAGGACGUGCCAAUGGAGGACGAGACGGAGAGAACAUCUGAUCAUGGGUCUUCAUCGGAUCAGCCAAGAGAAAGCCUGAAAAAGAAAGGAGAGCGUGUAUCACCAUGGAAACAGCAAAGAAAGGACAGGAAGAGAGGCACACUGCCAGCUGCAGAAACGGACAGAGCCCCUCCUGUAAGAAGCUCCUCCGAGUACACUGAAGUUCCUCUGGGUUCUCUGGACAUCUCUGCCUCAGACACUCCCACUUUGUCUCCUCACACAGAUGAUAGAGAGAUGGAGCGGAUGGAGGAGUUGCCGUUGUGUAGCUGUAGAAUGGAGGCUCCUCGGGUGCACAAACUCACGGCGAACACGCAAACAACUUGCAUGGCCAUCGAGAGCAUCAACGGACAGCUGGUGGGCUGUACCAACUCCAUUAUAAAGGGGGAGACGAUGCGUCCCUCUAGCCGUGUCUCUCUCAUGGUACUCUGUGAGACCCAUCGCUCUCAUAUGGUGAAACAUCACUGCUGCCCCGGCUGUGGCUACUUCUGCCUCUCUGGGACCUUUCUGGAGUGUUGUCCGGACGUCCGUAUCGCUCAUCGUUUCCACCGCAGCUGUGUGUCUGUCCUGGGUGGUGGGCGGAGCCGGGGCACUUCGGUGGGCGUCGGCUUGCUUUUCUGCCCCCAUUGUGGCGAGGACGCCUCCGAGGCACAGGAAGUCACAAUUCCCCCGCCGUCAUCAUCUUCAGGGGCAGUUGUCACGUCUAGUGCCUCAUCCACCACUCCGCUUCUGCCUUCCGCGCUGGCGGCAGCGACUACGGCGCUCAGCAGCAAAAAGAGGAGCGGGGAGCCAAUCAGUGCGAGGAUGCACUGGCGUGGUGAGGUCAGGAAAGGGGUAGUGCCUCAGUCUGUACCCCCCAAUACUGCCACAGCUUCAGGGGUGGGUGGAGUUGUGGAUGUGGUUGCCCUCGGUGAAGGGGGUGUGGACAGUGUUGGCCCCUCACUUGUCCUCCCCAAUGGAAAGCCUGUGUGUCCUGGAGCACUGCCUGCUGGAGACUGCAGAGCAGCACUGCAGAGAGCCAUUCUCAAUCAGGAGACUGAAAGGAAGAAGAAGUUACGGUUCCACCCACGUCAGCUCUAUCCCGCGGCCAAACAGGGCGAAGUGCAGAGGGUUCUACUCAUGCUCAUGGAAGGUAUAGACCCAGUGUAUCAGCCGGACUCUCAGAAUCGGCGCUCUGCCCUUCAUGCUGCAGCUCAGCGUGGCCUGAUCGAGAUCUGCUACCUCCUCAUACAGGCAGGCGCUAAAGUGGACGCCCAGGAUAAGUCUCAGAGGACACCACUGCUGGAGGCCAUCGUUAACAAUCAAGUGGAGGUGACAAAGUUUCUCAUACAGAGUGGAGCCUGUGUUUACCACAUCGAGGAGGAUGGCUCCACAGGUCUCCAUCAUGCUGCCAAACUGGGAAACCUGGAGAUUGUCACACUGCUGCUCAACACCGGACAGGUGGACAUCAACGCCCAGGACAAUGGAGGUUGGACUCCUAUAAUCUGGGCUGCUGAACAUAAACACAUGGAUGUGAUCAGAGCACUGCUGAACCGUGGAGCUGAUGUUACACUGAAGGACAAGGAGAUGAACGUGUGUGCUCACUGGGCGUCGUUUGCUGGCAGUGCUGAGAUCGCUGAACUCAUCCUGAAUGCUGGAUGUCCCCUGACCUCCAUCAACCUGCACGGGGACACACCUCUGCACAUCGCCGCCCGCGAGGGACACAUCCACUGCGUCACGUUGUUCCUGUCCAGAGGAGCAGAUAUUGAUGUUGUGAAUAAAGAAGGGGACACGCCCCUCUCAUUGGCGCGACCUGAUUCGCCGGUGUGGGUGGCGCUCCAGAUAAACAGGAAGUUGAGGAGAGGAAUAGCCAAUCGGAUUGUGCGGACAGAGAGGAUCAUCUGCAGCGGCGUGGCACAGGGUUAUGAGAACGUCCCCAUCCCGUGUGUUAACGGUGUGGAUGAUGAAGACUGUCCAUCAGACUACAAGUACAUCGCUGAGAACUGUGAGACCUCCGCCAUGAACAUCGACCGCAACAUCACACACCUGCAGCAUUGUAAUUGUACAGAUGACUGCUCUUCUAGUAAUUGUCUAUGCGGACAACUCAGUAUCCGGUGCUGGUAUGACAAGGAUCAGCGUCUGCUGCAGGAGUUUAAUAAGAUCGAGCCUCCUCUGAUCUUCGAGUGUAACCUCGCCUGCUCCUGCCACAAGUCCUGCAAGAACAGAGUGGUCCAGGCUGGAAUCAAGGUGCGAUUGCAGCUGUACCGCACAGAGAAGAUGGGGUGGGGAGUCCGAGCUCUUCAGGACAUUCCUCAGGGGAGCUUCAUCUGCGAGUACGUUGGGGAACUGAUCUCAGAUGCCGAAGCAGAUGUGAGAGAAGACGAUUCAUAUCUGUUUGAUCUGGACAAUAAGGAUGGGGAGGUAUACUGCAUUGAUGCACGUUACUAUGGUAACAUUAGUCGUUUCAUUAACCAUUUGUGUGAUCCGAACAUCAUCCCUGUGCGAGUGUUCAUGCUGCAUCAGGACCUGCGCUUCCCCCGGAUAGCGUUCUUCAGCUCCAGAGACAUCCUAACGGGCCAGGAGCUCGGGUUUGAUUACGGAGAUCGUUUCUGGGACAUUAAGAGUAAGUACUUCACGUGUCAGUGCGGCUCAGAGAAGUGUAAACACUCAGCGGAGGCCAUUGCUCUGGAGCACAGCAGGCAGGCUCGCAUCGACUCCUUCCCAGACCAGACCUCCGAGCCCAGCUUCAACACACCAGCAAACUCCUGAUCUCCUCUCCAGACCCUCUGACGCAGUGCAUUAUGGGAGCUUUCAGCACCGUAGAGCUGCGUCGGCUUUCACACACAUGAGCCGAGAGAUCUGACGUGUGAUGAUCUGUUUCCUUUGUUUCGUUUAUAAUAAAGCCGAAAGGUGAGCGGUUCCGUUCUAA